CUUCCGGCCAGCUUCCGGCUUCGGGCAGAGCCAGGCCGGGAGCCGCCGCAGCCCGUUAUUUUAGAUAAGUACAGAAUUACUAGCCUUGCUCCGACUUGAAAAGCUUAAAGAUGUCUGAACAGGAGGAGAAGCUCAGUCUGCGUCGCCUUGAGCCAGCAAUCCAGAAGUUUAUUAAAGUUGCAAUUCCAACAGAUCUGGAGAGGCUGAGGAAGCAUCAAAUAAACAUUGAGAAGUACCAGAGGUGCAGUCUGUGGGACAAAUUGCACGAAGAACACAUCAACGCAGGGCGCACGGUGCAGCAACUGCGAGCAAAUAUCAGAGAGAUGGAGAAACUUUGUUUGCGGGUCCGAAAGGAAGACCUCCUGAAUUUGCAGAGAAUGAUCAGCCCGGUGAAGGAGGAGGCCUUGUCUGCCAUAAAGGAAUUUCUUCGGCUCCAUUCGGAGUCUGCAGAAGAACUUAAAAGACAGUUGAACGAGAGAGAGGCAUCACUGCAGUCGCCGUUGACCAGGUCGAUGACUAUUGGGGGAGAAACAUUUCAUGGCCAUGAAACGGAAGGCGCCUCUCAGAGUUUUUGCCAGCUGUUUUCUCCACUCCCUGAGAUCCCUCAGGAUCAAAAUGCUGCCGAAUCGUGGGAGUCUUUAGAAGAGGACUUGAUAGAACUUGGCAAUCUAGUGACUGACUUCUCUCUGAUAGUUAACUCCCAGCAGGAGAAGAUCGACAGAAUCGAAGACAACGUCAGCAAUGCCGCUGUGAACGUUGAGGAGGGAACCAAAAGCCUGGGGAAGGCUGCAAAGUACAAGCUGGCCGCUCUGCCUGUGGCAGGCGCACUCAUUGGUGGCGUUGUGGGGGGCCCGAUUGGACUCCUUGCGGGUUUCAAGGUGGCAGGAAUUGCAGCCGCGCUUGGUGGGGGCGUGUUGGGUUUCACCGGUGGGAAACUGAUACAGAGGAAGCGGCAAAAGAUGAUUGAGGACCUGUCCUGCAGCUGCCCCAACCUUCCCAGAGAGGGUGACGGGAACUGCACCUGAGCGGAGGCUACCUUGACCCAGGCAGGCUGGCCGGCUAGCUGGCCCCACUGCCCUUGCUUUGAUGAAUGUCUCUCGGAUCCCUGUGAACGGGAAUGCACCUCGGCGUUCUCUCCUGUUUGGGAACCAGACAAGAGUAUCCUGACUCUUCUCACCGGGUUGCACCAGCCUCUUCGUUCUGAGAACCAAGAGUUGCAUAUUUCAGCAUAAAGUCAUUACAAAGGAAGAUCAUCCGGCAAAUGAUCCUCCCUGUACUUUUUAAAGGGUUUUUAUAGUGCUCACAACAUGUUUUUUUUUUUUCUGGAAAAACAGAAGGGGUUUUAAGACAGUAUUUUAGAGCAUAAGCACUUUGGUGCCUCAGCAACUCAAGACACUGUGUUUGGCUCAGGUGCCCAGAGAUGCCUUCGUGGGAUGAGGUCUUUGUUCUUGCAGGGUUCUCCGUGCUCGGAUCCCAGGGAAAGCGCAGGAGUGGUGGGCCCUGCACGGUUCAGGCUACGAUUGCAGUUCACCCUCUUGACACCCUGAGCAGGCCGGCAGUGACAAUCUGCUCCUUUCUCCCCAAACACUACUUUUCUUUUUUUGAAGAGCAGUAUCAGGUCGAGCUCUGGCUCUGUUUUUAAAGUGUUACUUUGAGGAAAGUCACAGGAUUUGCUUUCUGAAUAAAUUUCACAAGCGUCAGCCUGUUUCCAAAACCCUCUUUGCCAACUCAGCCAGAGGUGGAAGGAUUGCUGAGGGUCAGAUGACAAUUGUAGGGGAACAUGGCUGCACUUGGGUUUUUUCUGAACUCUUUUUCCUCCUCCAUCGACUGAGCAGCGAGAGAAGACGAGGAAAGCUUGGCCAAAGAUGAUGUCGUGCCAACCAAAGCCUUUCUAGUUUGCCAUGUGACUUGAUAAUCUGCCGAGAGGACUUCUGAGGAAGACUCUGAUGGUUUUGAGAUAACCUGGCUGACCGGGACUGCAAAAUGGUUUAAUAAAACAGAACAGAGUUUUGUUAU